AGCGGAAGUGGCACGUGGAGGGGCCGGUGGAGGCGCCGGUGAGUAAAUGCCGCAGAUUCUGGAAAGUUCUGAUCAGGCAAUACAUAAGCCUGAGGAACUGGGACCUCCCCUUUUGGGUCGGUAGCUGGGCGCCGGUGUGCGAGCGAGUGGCAGUCGAGUGAAGCUGACAGCCGGAGCUGCGGAGCAACUCACACAGGCCGGGCGCCGCCUUGUUCUCGGGCGAACCUCUUGUCAGCGCUGCUGUUCCCGGGAAGCCGGAGGCCCCAGACGAGCCAGAAGACCGCGCAUCCUCCCGAGUGACAGAAGCGCGGUCGGUGCCCAGCGGACUACAGCAGCAAGCCGCGGCGGCGGAGGAGCGAGUCGGCGGCCCCAGGGCGCAGACCUAGAUCGGAGGCGGAGGCGCACCGCGAGCCGGCCAUGUCGGUGGUAGGGCUGGACGUGGGCUCGCAGAGCUGCUACAUCGCAGUGGCGCGGGCUGGGGGCAUCGAGACCAUAGCCAACGAAUUCAGCGAUCGGUGCACCCCAUCAGUCAUAUCAUUUGGUUCAAAAAACAGAACAAUUGGAGUUGCAGCCAAAAAUCAGCAAAUCACUCAUGCAAACAAUACGGUGUCUAACUUCAAGAGAUUUCAUGGCCGAACAUUCAAUGACCCCUUCAUUCAAAAGGAGAAGGAAAACUUAAGUUAUGACUUGGUUCCAAUGAAAAACAGCGGAGUUGGAAUAAAGGUGAUGUACAUGGACGAAGAACAUCUGUUUAGUGUGGAGCAGAUAACAGCCAUGUUGUUGACUAAGUUAAAGGAAACUGCUGAAAACAACCUCAAGAAACCAGUAACAGAUUGUGUUAUUUCAGUUCCUUCAUUCUUCACAGAUGCUGAGAGACGAUCUGUACUAGAUGCUGCACAAAUUGUUGGCCUGAACUGUUUAAGACUUAUGAAUGAUAUGACAGCUGUUGCUUUGAAUUAUGGAAUUUAUAAGCAGGAUCUCCCAAGCCCGGAGGAGAAACCUCGGAUAGUCGUCUUUGUUGAUAUGGGACACUCAGCUCUUCAGGUGUCUGCCUGUGCUUUUAACAAGGGCAAACUGAAGGUACUGGGAACAGCUUUUGAUCCAUUCUUAGGAGGGAAAAACUUUGAUGAAAAAUUAGUGGAACAUUUUUGUGCAGAGUUUAAGACUAAGUACAAGUUGGAUGCAAAAUCCAGAAUUCGGGCUCUCCUUCGUCUGUAUCAGGAAUGUGAAAAAUUGAAAAAGCUGAUGAGUUCUAACAGCACAGACAUACCACUGAAUAUUGAAUGCUUUAUGAAUGACAAAGAUGUUUCAGGAAAGAUGAACAGGUCACAGUUUGAAGAACUCUGUGCAGAUCUCCUACAAAAAAUAGAAGUUCCCCUUUAUUCCCUGAUGGAGCAAACUCAGCUCAAAGUAGAAGAUGUGAGUGCUGUUGAGAUAGUUGGGGGCACUACACGAAUUCCAGCCGUGAAAGAAAAAAUUGCAAAAUUCUUUGGAAAAGAUGUUAGUACAACACUCAAUGCAGAUGAAGCAGUCGCUAGAGGAUGCGCAUUACAGUGUGCAAUCCUUUCUCCAGCAUUUAAAGUUCGAGAAUUUUCUGUCACAGACUCAGUUCCUUUUCCAAUAUCUCUGGUAUGGAACCAUGAUUCAGAGGAUACUGAAGGGGUUCAUGAAGUAUUUAGUCGAAACCAUGCUGCCCCUUUCUCCAAAGUUCUCACCUUCUUGAGAAGAGGACCUUUUGAGCUAGAAGCUUUCUAUUCUGAUCCUCAAGGAGUUCCAUAUCCAGAAGCAAAAAUAGGUCGGUUUGUAGUUCAGAACGUUUCUGCACAGAAAGAUGGAGAGAAAUCAAAAGUCAAAGUCAAAGUUCGAGUGAACACCCACGGCAUUUUCACCAUCUCUACGGCCUCUAUGGUGGAGAAAAUUCUAACUGAAGACAGUGAAGUGUCUUCUAUUGAAGCAGACAUGGAGUGUCCCAAUCAGAGACCAUCUGAAAACCCAGACACUGAAAAAAAUAUCCAGCAAGACAACAGUGAAGCUGGAACACAGCCCCAGGUACAAACUGAUGGUCAACAAACCUCACAGUCUCCCCCUUCACCUGAACUUACCUCAGAAGAAAACAAAAACCCAGAUGCUGACAAAGCAAGUGAAAAGAAAGUUGACCAACCUCCAGAAGCUAAAAAACCCAAAAUAAAGGUGGUGAAUGUUGAGCUACCUAUUGAAGCCAACUUGGUCUGGCAGUUAGGCAAAGACCUUCUUAACAUGUACAUUGAGACAGAGGGGAAGAUGAUAAUGCAGGAUAAAUUGGAAAAAGAAAGAAACGAUGCUAAAAACGCAGUGGAAGAAUAUGUAUAUGAGUUCAGGGACAAGCUGUGUGGGCCGUAUGAAAAAUUCAUCUGUGAGCAGGACCAUCAGAGCUUUUUGAGACUCCUCACAGAGACUGAAGACUGGCUAUAUGAGGAAGGCGAGGAUCAGGCUAAACAAGCGUACGUUGACAAGUUGGAAGAGCUAAUGAAAAUUGGCACUCCAGUUAAAGUCCGAUUUCAGGAAGCUGAGGAACGACCGAGAAUGUUAGAGGAACUGGGACAGAGGCUGCAGCACUACGCCAAGAUAGCAGCUGACUUUAGAAACAAGGAUGAGAAAUACAACCAUAUUGAUGAAUCUGAAAUGAAAAAAGUUGAGAAAUCUGUUAAUGAAGUGAUGGAGUGGAUGAAUAAUGUCAUGAAUGCUCAGGCUAAAAGGAAUCUUGAUCAGGAUCCAGUUGUACGUGCACAUGAAAUAAAAACAAAAAUCAAGGAAUUGAACAAUGUUUGUGAACCUGUGGUAACACAACCAAAACCAAAAAUCGAAUCACCCAAACUGGAAAGAACUCCAAAUGGCCCAAAUAUUGAUAAAAAGGAAGAAGAUUUAGAAGGCAAAAAUAAUUUUGGUGCCGAACUGCCACAUCAGAAUGGUGAAUGUUACCCCAAUGAAAAGAGUUCUGUUAAUAUGGACUUGGACUAGGUGGUGUUAAAUUGGCUUAUUCCUUCAAUUAAUGAAAUAUUUUUGCCAUAGUAUGUGAUUCUACAUAACAUACUGAGACUAUUUAUAUUUUCUUUUUUAAGGAUGUCUAGACAUUUUGUGUAUUAUAUGGAAAAAGGGUAAAGCUUAAGUCUGUAGUCUUUAUGGUCCUAAAAGGGAAAAUUGCCUUGGUAACUUUCAGAUUCCUGUGGAAUUGUGAAUUCAUACUAAGCUUCUGUGCAGUAUUACCCUUUGCAUCACUGAGGAUGAAAUUGAUUUUUGUCUUUUGAAGAAACAAACUACUGCUUGUUCAAGAGGGCUGUGAUUAAAAUCUUUAAGCAUUUGUUAUUGCCAAGGUAGUUUUCUUGCAUUUUGCGCUCCAUUUCAGCAUGUGUGUGGGUGUGGAUGUUUGUAAACAAGACUUAAGUCUGAUUUCAUAAGGGCUUUCAAAAAUUAAUUCUGUCCAAUAGAAUAAUUUUGCUUUCAUAUUAAUUCAUUGAGUAAAACAAAAGCUAGUCAAAUGUGUUAGCAGCAUGCAGAACAAAACUUUAAAAUUAUCUCUCACUGCACAGUACAUUGUCAUGUGAAGGUGUGAAAUGGAAGAUGUUUAUCUGUUGUAACCGAUUGUGAAAAUUUUAUGAGCUUUAAAAUAAAGUUCAUCCUAUGGUGUCAUUUCUAAA